AGAAGUCCACACCCACAGCUGAAUGAGAUCUAGCGUCAGUUACUUACUCUGCUCAACGUGAGAGUUGAAUCGACGGCAGUGUCCUGUCCUACAGAUAUUAACCUGAGAGAUAAAAGGCAGACCAUGUAUGCAGUUGUUACCUUGCAAGAGUCAGACGAGGUGAUGGUGGUAGCAUCAAACUGGUUGAGCCCAGACAAGAAACAAUGUUACUGGCCUCCAUUCAGAUCCACAGAGAAGUGCACGGAAGCUGUUCAGAACAGAAUUAAACCUGAAACAGGAGGGAAACCAUGGGAGAAAUUAAAUAUUAACCUUCACUGGGAAAAUGUCACUUUUGAGAAGGCAAAAGAGGGGCAAAAACAAAUCAAAGAACAGAAAAAACAGGAAUCUUUGGUCUGUGAGAGAGAUCUUUCAAUGGAUACACAGACCAUAAACUUCCUCACUUGGAAUGUUAAUGGACUUAAACACAGAGAUCAGAAAUUUCAAGAACUACAAAACGCACACAUAGUUUUCUUUCAAGAGACGCACAUUGGAAUUGGAGAUGAAAAUAUUAUAGACAGCUAUAAAGAUGAGUGGUAUAUUUUCUAUACAAAGUACACCUCCUCCAGCAAGGGAACAGCCAUACUAGUGAGAAAAACACUAGAUUUUGAACACAUAAGCGAUGAAAAAGAUCAUUGUGGAGCUUAUGUAGUGUUGAAAUGUAAACUGAACGGUCAACUGUACACUCUGGUUAGUGUUUACAACCAUCAGACAGACACAAAAACCCUUGAUAAACUUUCAAGGUACCUGCAGUCAAUGACCACAGGGCUGCUGGUGAUCGGUGGAGAUUUCAACACAGUUCUCAACAGAUUUACUGACAAAAAAUGGAGCAAGAUCACAAACAGGACUCAUAGUAAAUUACUCUUAUUUGUGGAGAAGUUCAUGAAAUCUCUUCAGCUGGUUGAUGUCUGGAGAAGAAAGAACCCCAUAAAGCAGGAUUAUACAUACUACAUAAAAGACUCUCCUGUGUCCAGACUGGAUUACUUCUUUGUUCCAGAAGAAUGUAUGUGGCGUGUCAGAAGUUGUGAAAUCAGAGACUUAAAGAUGGUGCGUGAUGUGUACUAUAAAGAUCAUCAGCCUGUGUCUUUAGAGAUCAACAAUAUCACGCCUUUUCAGAAAGAUCCCCAGAUACAAGUAAUCUUCCAAUGGCUGAAUCUAAAAAAGGAUCUUCUGCCAGAUGAGAUGGGUUUAUUAGUGGGCGAAGAAAGCUCUCAUGCAGUUAGUGAGGUUGACAUUGUGUCAGCUGUAAAUUCUCUUCAGGUGUCAGACACACCAAGACCAGACGGCAUCCCAGCAACCUCAUAUAAAGAUCAAAUCCAGGAUCUAAUUCCAUACAUAAAGAUGCUUUAUGACAGAAUCCACAGAGGUGCAUUUAACUGCUCUGAAAAACACUUUAACGAAACUGUGAAAUGUCCACAUGAUGACAGUCAACACUUUUUUAACGUGGACUUCCUCAUCAUCGCAACUAUUCUGGCAAGACGUUUGGAAGAUGUCAUGGAGACUCUUCCGAAGGGGCGCAUACCAAAAGAUUCAGCUACUGUCAUGAUCACUCCCAAAACACAUUAUGCCUUAAUAAGCUUGAGUUGCAUCAAGAAUGAGCUACAACAGCAAAAACGGUCAAACCCGACUCUGAGCCAGGAUCUUCUCAUUAUAGAAAAUCUCCUCAGUGAUGCAAGCAAAGAUUUUUCAGAUGAGAAAUACAAAGUGCUGCAUCAGGGCUGCCCUUUGACCCCAGGACUCCUAAUGCUGGCUCUGAAAAGCUACGCCACACAGCUAUUUGGACAUUUAGAAAACUUUGGGGUUUUUAUUUUCAAACAGAGUGUGAUAGUUUGCUUUCAAUCUGAUGAUCUAGAAAUAGUCAAAGCUACUGUGGAGAGCAGUACUAAUGAAGUAUAUGAAAUUGAGAUAUUAUCUGGAGGAAAUGGUGAACUGCUACAGCUAACCUGCUUAGGAAAAGAUGAGGACUGGGAUGAAUGGAUCACAGAGGCAUUUGGGAAUAAUGAAGCAGAAUCAGAAGAAAAUGAUUUUAAAGCAGAUGAAAGGGAUGACGAGAGUAAGAUGUGUGAAGAGACUGAUCAUGCGAAAAUAUUAGAGAAUGAACACCAGUCAGUGGCACUUGAUGGAAGAUCAGACAUUUUCUCUGAAACACCAGUAGAGAAGAUGGAUUCAUUUCAUGGGAUGAAAAAAAAUCCCCCUCCACUACUGCCUGUACCCUUACAACCUGGCACUUCCUCUGAUGGGCGUUCCAACCAUUGCACAAUGCCUAACCAAGGUACUAAAAGAAAGCGUGAUCAUGAAUCAUCCGAUUCACCGCUGACAGCAGAUAUGGAGAUCAUGGGGAAUGCAAAAAAAAUCAUGAAAAGAGUAACUGAUAACUUAGUCCACACAAUCAUUAUGCACAAUGACAUCAUUUCAAAGAUAAAUAAAAUGUAUACAGUCAACAGAAAGAAGGCAACCAUUGGAAUUUUUGGAAGGACAGGAGAAGGAAAAAGCUCCCUAUUAAGUGCAAUCUUGGGGGAAAAAGAUCUCCUGCCAUCUGGUUGUUUUGGUGCCUGUACAUCUGUUGUUACUCAGGUGGAAGCCAAUCUGACUGACUCCAACUACACAGCAGAGAUCGAAUUCAUCUCUAAAGAGGAGUGGGAGAAAGAGCUGAAAGAUCUUUUCAGAGAUUUACAAGAUGACAGUGAGGACAGGAAUGAGGACUUGAUUGAAAUUGCUGAAGAAAAGAUCACUGCGCUGUAUGGAGCUGAUGCAGACCAGAAAACAUUAGAAGAGCUCAAGAAAGAUGACAAAUAUACUGAGAUUGAAAAAUUAAUGUCCAACAGUAAAAAAACAAUCUCAAAGAGUGAUAUGUCUGAAUUUGCUAGUGAUGUUGCACAGUUCAUACAACACAGUAAGUCAAGUCCCGGUGACUGGUACUGGCCACUUGUGAAGAGUGUGACGAUCAAGAUUCCAGACUGUCGUGAACUUCUGGAACACAUUGUGAUUGUUGAUAUUCCUGGGACUGGAGACUGCAAUAAGACUAGAGAUGACCUGUGGAAAUCUAAACUGAGAGAGUGCUCUUCUGUGUGGAUUGUAAGUGGUAUCAAUCGAGCAACUGAUGACAAAGACCCCUGGGGGAUAUUAAAGCACUGCAGUGAGGAACUGGGACCAGGAGGAGAAUGUAAACACAUCAACUUCAUCUGUACAAAAACUGAUGACAUCAAUCCAGUAUCCUAUAUGAGAUCUGCACGGCUUCCUCACACAAAGGACAAGGUAGAGAAUUUACAAAUAAAAGACAAGGAUCAGAAAAUAUUGUGCAUACGUCAUAGAAAUGAAGAAGCCAAGACAAAGAUGAAAGAAAAGUUUGAAAAAUCUGAAAUCAAGAAAAAAUUUAGAACUGACAAUGAUUUUCUUCAAGUAUUUACUGUAAGUUCCAAUGCAUUUUUCGACACCAGCUUAAAUCUGGAAUCUGCUGAAACAGAAAUCCCUAAGCUGCAGGAUGUUCUGAGAAGCAUUAACAAGAGCAUUAACCGAGAACUGACCAGAGAUUAUGUGUCUGAGGCAAAAGGAGUUCUGUCUCUGAUCCAAAGUGUCCAGCUGGAUACAGACAAGAAAGCAGCUGAGAUGAAAGUCACCGUCCGCAUGGAUCUUGAAAAUAAUCUAAAGGCGGCGCUAAGUGAAAUGGACAAAUAUUUUGACAGCAUUUAUAAUGAUCUGGAGAAGUGUCUCUCAAAGGGAGUGGAAGAAUCAGUGCAAAAAUGUGUUGCUUCCGCAAAGGCACUGGUAGCACCUAAAAAAGAUGGGAGAGGUUUCCAUAAAACCCUCCAAGCUUUGUGCAAGAAUUAUGGAUGCUAUUGGCAAAAAAACAGGGAUGCAGUCCUAGAUCUGAACAAGAAAUUGGCAAAUCCCCUGCAUGAAAACAUUUAUGAUAAUUUCAGCCAGAUUUUCCCUGUGAGUGGAAAUACAGGGAAGUCAGUGGAAGAACAGAUUGAUAAAUUUACUAUCGUCCAGAGUGACCCUGCUUACCUCAGAUCUUCUGUGGUACGUCACAUUCAGAACUUCAUCAAAACAGAGGAAGCCAAACUGAAGGCAUCACUUAUCAGAGACACUGUUGAAUUAAAGAAAGACAUCUACUCAUCAAUUAUAAAAACCAUUCAGAAUAAAAUGGCUCCCUGCUAUGAAAAAGCUGCAGCUCUGACAGGAAUAGGAUCCAUGAAGGAAAGGCAAGAUAUGCUAGUAAACACGGUUGAUGAGAAAAAACAAGACAUGUUUAACAAAGCCAAAAUGGAAGUGCUUAACAAGUUAAAACAAUUAAAGCUAAACAUAAAAGAUGUUCUUGAACCUGGACUAAAGAAAGCAAUGGAUCUCUCACUGUCACAAAGCAGCAAUACCACAUUGAUGGAUGUCUCCAGAGAGAUUGAUCAGAUGGAGGCACUUCUAAAGCAACUAUCUGACUGAUGCUCUUCAAACAAUGAGAAGCACAAGGGAAACUGCACAAUUCACAGAAGAGAAGACGCAUAAAAAGUUAUUAGUUUUACAACAAAGAUUUCUUUACUCAAAUGUAUUUUUCUGUUUUGUUAUACUUUCUCAAGCUGAUUUUAAAUUAAAUGUUAACAUUUAAGUUAGCUCAUAUUUCUCUGGUAUAUUCAGUGGCAUAAAAUGGUCUUAAAAUGACAGACCUAAUUCACUCCAUGGAAAAAUAAAAUCCCCUCCAGAUGCUUGCGAUCAGUGAGUUAGCAGCACCUUGUGGUACCAUCACAGAAAGGCUCCCUCACUGCUCUUCACAAGCCCACUUGUAGAUUAUGUAAUAAUAUUCUAGAAAUGGCUAAAAACUCUUUUCUGUACUUAAAGUAAUAAUUCACCACUGAAAAGACAGGUUUUUAAUAAAAUUUGACUGUCUAUGCAGCAGAAAGGCCUAAUUGUGUUGACCUUUUGACAGAAACUUUAACACAAAAAAAAAAAAAAAAAAAAAACACGAGAGAGAUUUUGGAGCUGUUUGUCUGCCAAUCUAAUCUUGUCUACUGACUUAUUUUACAAAUAUUAAUGUCAUAUUUCUCCGUUUUUAUUAAGCACAUGUAAUAUAUAAUACAUUUCAAUUUUGUCACCUUUCUGUGAACUGUAUUUGUCAUUAUUAAAAAAAUAUUAGUUUUUUUUGUUCA